GCCACACAAUUAUUACAGGAAGAGAUUAGAUAUGGAAAAAGUGGUGAUGCAUGAAGAAGUGGUGAUAGUAGGAGGAGGGGUUGCAGGAUUAGCAACAGCCUUAGCAUUAAAGAGAGUUGGAAUUAAGAGUUUAGUGUUGGAGAGAGCAAAUGAGCUGAGAGUCACUGGUGCUGCCUUAACUCUGUUUCCAAAUGCUUGGAUUGCUCUCGAAUCACUUGGUGUUGCUCAUAAACUUACCUCAGUUUAUAAACCUUUCAAAGGGGGAAGAGUGACUGAUGUUGCAACUGGAGUCACCCAGGAGACUGUCUUGACUGAAAAUGAAGGGGCGGAAUGGCUUGCAAGAGGAUCAAGGUCAGUCCAUAGAAGAGCCUUACUUGAAGCUUUAUUAGAAGAAUUACCAGAUGAUACUAUCCGUUAUUCUUCAAAGCUCCGGUCAAUUGAAAAAACAAAGACAUGUUAUGAAGCAGAUUCAAAUGCAAUAAUCCUACAUUUAGAAGAUGGAACCACUAUCCAUGCCAAGGUUCUGAUAGGGUGUGAUGGGGUGCAUUCUGUGGUGUCAAAAUGGCUAGGCCUAAAAGAUGUGGCAAAUUCAGGGCGAUAUGCAGUGCGUGGAGUGGCAGUGUUUCCUGAAGGUCAUGGAAUCACACAUGAAAUGCAUCAGUUUGUUGAUAAAGGCUGGAGGUUUGGUUUCGCUCCCCUCACUGACACAGAUGUUUACUGGGGCAUUGGAUACCAAACCACCGCCAACAAAGAAGAAGAAAUGGCAAAAGGAGACCCAAAAGUGAUACAAGAGAAAGUCUUAGAGCGUGUUGCUGAUCUCCCGCAAGAAGCAAAAGAUGUAAUACAGCAUUCGGAUGUGCCCGCUUUAUCAUGGGCACCACUAGUUUUUAGAUACCCCUGGGAUCUUAUAUUCGGAAAGGUGUCCGAUGGUACAAUAACUGUUGCAGGUGAUGCAAUGCACCCAAUGACACCAGAUCUCGGUCAAGGUGGUUGUACAGCAUUAGAAGAUGCUGUAGUGCUGGGACGCUACAUCAGAAAUGGAGUCAUGUCCCAAAAAGACUUGGAGAAAGAAAUCAAACUAUAUGUUCAAGAGAGGAGGUGGAGAAGUGCUACUAUGAUUACUGCCUCAUAUAUAUCAGGGUGGGUUCAACAAAGUGGUGGUGGUGGAACAUCGUCUUCAGGUGGCAUAGGAGGAUGGUUGAUGAAGUUCCUUCGCGACACUGUGUUUUAUAAGACUCUGUACCGUCGAAUUGUCGGUUUUGUGUAUUACGAUUGUGGGAAGUUACCUACUUUCGUGCAAAAAUCAGACUGAUUAUUCAUAUCAUUAUGUGUAUUAGCAUUUGCAUUGUAUUUGGUAGAGAUGUUCUCUUUAGUUGUGUUAUUAAUCCAUGUAGUAUACGUAUAUUUUGUAUAACUUUCUGUACCAUAAAUUUAUAUUCGUGUUUUGGAUGCGUAAA